UCAAGAGAGUCAUCUCAGAAACCUCCAGUGGUGGUGUGACUGGAAAUGAUGUCAUUAUGCAUUUCUUCCUCUCAACUUUGCCUUUUGGUGGUGUUGGUCACAGCGGGAUGGGCGCCUACCACGGCAGGCACAGCUUCGAGACCUUCUCCCACCGCCGCGCCUGCCUGAUCAAGGACCUGAAGAUGGAGAGCGCCAACAAAAUGCGGUACCCACCGGGCAGCCAGAAGAAGGUGGACUGGGCCAAGUUCUUCCUCCUGAAGCGGUUUAACAAGGCCCGAAUUGGGCUCUUUGUCCUGGCCCUGCUGGGGCUUGUGGCAGCGGUGAUGAUUAAGGUGAUUAACUGAUGAAGAGAGAAGGCACCAUGUGCACAUCAUACUCUGGGUGCUGGCUUUGUGUCUGUUUCUUUAAGCUGGGAAGUCAUUCUUUUCUUUUGUUCUGGGUGAUUUCAGUGAGCUGUCGAGCACACAGAGUAGCCUCAGAGAGGCACUAACCACGAGAAGGCUCAGAUUCCUGUUUACUUAAAAGCCAUGCUGGAACAGAGGGACCAGUGGGGACAAGCUCUCCGAAGGAGGACUGCAGAGCAAGAAAUUCCAGUCCCUACCUCCACCCCAUGCCAUGCAGAGCUUCCAGGGACACACAGUGUCCUGCACCAAACCACUCACCUUCCCUCAGUGACCAAAUUGCAGCAAUCCUUGGGUUGACAGUGAUUUCCCUGCAUUUUUGGGGAUGGUCUGAACACCCACCCUCUUGGUGACAAGCCUGAGACAAGCUGUGCUGCCCGAUGUGUUUGGCCAAGAGUGGUGGCUGUGAAUAAAUCCAGUGAGGUUCCCCUUGCCAUUUAAUUGAGGUGAAACAUUCUCCCAUCUCUGCAAUCCAGAAUCUUCCACAGCUGGUCAGGAGCUGCUUGCUGGGUUCUGUGUUUCAUCCAUGUGCCUUGAACAGUUAUUUAGCAGUUACAAAAUUCCAAAGGUGAUGCCUGUGCUGCCUGUAUUGUGCUGAUGAGUGUCUUGUGCUGGAGCAAAAGAAAUUUCAGGCCUGUUCAGAGAAGUGGGAAUGACAAAUACCUUGUGGAUUAGCCCAGCCCCACACAGCCACUUGCUUUUUCCUUGUGAGAUGGGGAAGAGAAUGGGAAGAAAGUGAGAAAACUUGUAUGUUGAGAUAAAAAUAGUUUAAUAGGUGAAGUGAAAACUGGGCUUGCAGGCAGAUCAAAGCAAAUUAAGGAAUUUGUUCAUCAAUUCCCCUCAUCAGGCAGGUGUUCAGCCACCCCCAGGAGAGCAGGGCAUCAUCAAACCCGGUGGUGACUUUGGAAGACAAAACACCAUAACUCCAAUGUCACAAACCCAAAACAGCACCAUCCUUCUGCAAAGAAACUUAGUGUCUAACAGGAAAAUUAACUUCAUCCCAGCCAAAGCCAGUACAGAGCUGUUCCUGGUCAGAUUCCUCCAAGGGAAAAUAAUUACUGGAAGAGUGUGUGUGCUCCUUCGUGUUCGAGCUUCUCAGGAUUCUGUAAUCUUGCACUGGGGAAUAAUGUGGGGCUUGUUCUAGCUUGGGGGAAGGAUGCUGAAGGAAUUGAAGGUGAAAGAGCCUUAGAACUAUUAAUAUUAAAGCAAAUUGAAAAAUUAUUACUAAAUGCAAUUAAUAUAGAGUAGAAAAUUACAUUUACUGUGCAAUAAGUGGGAUUUCUUCAUGUCUGCUGAAAAUCCAUGUGCUAAGCCUUUUGGACGAUACAUUUUGCAAGGCACUAAAUAAACACUGAGAAUUUAAAUAAUAAA